CCGCCAGGUGCGAGGCCCGGGUGCUGUGCGAUGUGCUGGCGAACCGCAGGAGAUCGGGAAAGGCGCAGAGAUCCGUGUGGGCUCCUGACAGCUCCGCGCUAACUAGCAGCGGAAAGAAUGUCGGAGAGGGCCGCGGAUGACGUCAGAGGGGAGCCGCGCAGAGCGGCGGCGGCGGCGGCGGCGGGAGGAGCAGCAGCGGCCGCCAGGCAGCAGCACCAGCAGCAGCAGCAACCGCGGCCGCCCCACCACCACCAGCAGCAGCAGCAGCAGCCGCAGCCGCCUCAGCAGCAGCCGCUUCAGCAGCAGCAGCAGCCGCGGCUCCGGCUGGCGGAGAGCGGAGGCGGCGGCGCGAGCGGCGGCAGCGGCGGCGCCUCCACCUCCGCAGCCACAAUGGCGACCGUCGGGGAGCGCAGGUCUCUGCCCAGUCCAGAGGCGAUGGUCGGACAGCCGUGGAACCACUGGGUAGAAGCUGCGAAACUUCCUGGGAAGGACGGAUCAGAAUUGGAGGAAAGUUUGAAGGAGUUUGGGAAGAACCGCGAAGUAAUGCGGCUGUGCCGAGAAGAUAUGCCAAUAUUUGGUCUCUGUCCAGCUCAUGAUGAUUUCUAUUUGGUGAUAUGUAACCACUGUAAUCAGGUCGUUAAACCGCAGGCAUUUCAAUCACAUUAUGAAAGAAGACACAGCUCCUCCAACAAGCCCCCUCUGACGGCACCACCCUCUUCCAUGUAUUCCUUCUUUUCUUCCCUGUCCAAAAGCAAAGGUAACAACAGCAGCGCAGGUGGGAACAGUCGCUCUUGUGGCGGAGGCGUCAUCAGCGCGCCCUCGUCCAAUUCCAAGUUGUUGAAAUCGCCCAAAGACAAACCGCAGCUCAGUGGAAACAGUAGGCCGAUGCAUCCGGUACAACAUGGCCGAAUUCCCCAUGAUAAAAUCUUGACGCCUUCAGUCAAGGUAGAAAAGAUCCACCCAAAGAUGGAUGGAGCCCUACUGAAAACUGCUCUUGGUUCGGCCGGCUCUGCUGCUGUGAGCUCCUCCAUCAAGACUGGCCUUAAUUGUCCCUCCAUACCAAAGCCACCCUUGCCUUCCCCUGGACACAUACUGAAUGGUCAAGGUCUUCUUCCUGCCCCUCCGGUUUUGGAAAAGAAGCCAGAAGAUCAUUCAAACCAUAGGAAAUUUUUACAUAAGAGAUUAUCAGAGAGAGAAUUUGAUCCUGACAUAUAUUGUGGUGUCAUUGAUGUGGAGACCAAGAAGCCGUGCACUAGGUCUUUGACAUGCAAGACACAUUCCCUAACCCAGCGGAGGGCCGUCCAGGGCCGCAGAAAACGCUUCGACGUGUUGUUAGCCGAGCACAAAAACAAAAGCAGGGAAAAGGAGCUGCUCCGUCAGCCAGACCAGCAGCAGCAGCAGCAGCAGAUAACAGCUCUCAGGGAACCACACGCCUCCCCUUCCAAACCGGCACCGGAACCGCACCCAAACUCUCAUGGAGCGACUCCUGCCGAGGCAAAGCCUUUAGGAGCUCACAAGCCCCGACCUCACAACCCCAGUCUUCCAAGGCCUCCAGGCUGCCCAGCCCCGCCCAGCGGGAACGCACCCUCCGAUUCUCCUGCCGCUGACGAGUCUCCGCACCCUCCCCUGCCUUCGACUGAGCCAGCAUCUCGGGGAUCCAGCGAUGAGGGAGAAGGCGACGAAAAGGAAGAAUCUGUGGAGAAACUGGAUUGUCAUUAUUCAGCUCAUCACCCUCAGCCGGCAUCUUUUUGCACAUUUGGUAGCCAACAGAUUGGAAGGGGCUAUUUUGUUUUUGAUAAGAGGUGGAACCAUAUCCGAUGUGCCCUUCACUUUAUGGUGGACAAGCAUCUUAAUUCCCAGAUGUGGAAGAAAAUCCCUCCAGCAGCUGGUCAUUCAGCAUCUGUGCGUGUUCCCCAGCGGACAAAUCCUGUGCCUGUGGCACCGUAUGGCAUUAGCCCGCCAGGUUCUGCUUCCUCACCAUCGCCAGGGUUGAUUUCGUCCUCCUGCAUCCCCCUGAAUAGCAAGUCUGCGCCAGCUCACGGGAUGCCCCUCGGUGCCCCCCCGGCUGCUCUAGGGGCCGUGGAUCCCAUGUGCAGUGUGCAGGCCCGACAGGUGUCUUCUUCAACCCCUUCACUGCUCUCCCCAGUACCUUCCCCGGGGUCUGGGAAACCUCAGAAACUGAAAUCCAACAAGUCUUUGAAGCCUAAGGAGUCGCCUGCUAACAGCACCAACUGUAACAAUAUUGGCAGUAGCGGCAGCUCAGGAAAGAAACGCAAAAACAGUUCCCCACUGUUCGCACACUCUUCCUCCUCCUCCUCCUCCUCCUCCUCCUCCUCCUCCUCCUCCUCCUCCUCCUCCUCCUCUUCCUCUUCUCCUCAUUCCACAGACUCUUUUAGGAAAAACUGUGUGGUUAACUCUGGAAACUGUGGCACCGCUUAUCCCUCCCCAGUGACGUCGUCCCAUGGCAUUGGUCUCAACUGUCUGACCAGCAAAGCCAACUCUGUGGGCGUAAGGCACGACCAGCCAGGGAGGGGCCCUCUGGCGGGAAGCCCUGCGGAAUCCAUCAAGAGGAUGAGCGUGAUGGUGAACAGCAGCGAUUCCACGCUUUCCCUGGGCCCCUUCGUGCACCAGUCCGGCGACCUGAUGACGGCCGCCAACUCGCACAGCGGCUUCUCCCACUCCCAUCCCCCUCUCGACAAACUCCUGGGGAAGAAGCGAAAGGGUUCCCCUGGCUCCAGCACCAUCCACCACAGCAGCCAGGCCAGCAAGGUCGCCAAACUGCCAUCCAUGAACAGCGUUCACACCAAGCACCCUGGCCCCGUCCCAGGGACCCAGGGGCUGCCCAACAAUUCUCUGCUUCAUCAGCCAAAGGCACGUCCCUGACAGCUGGAAUAAAUACCAUAGUGAGAAAGAAACUGGACAGUUUUCACUACAAGUAAAACCUCCACCUGGCACUCUGGACUCCACGAUGCCUUGGAGUUUAUCCCAGCUUCCUGUGGUCCUCAGGUGUAGAAAUCUGCUGGACUGUUGGCCGUUUUCACAAAGGAAUUCCCUGAAGCCAUGUCUGUAGCAGUGAACACCCUUACUAGAUCCCGGAUCAAGUUCAGCCACAGAAUUGCUUUUAUCAGUGUUAAAAGUGGUCUGGACUGCUCGCUACCAAUCUGUGAGAUUUUUACUUGCAGGAAUACAUCAUAUUGCCACUCUUUGAUAAAGAUUGGCUGGGCAAAAAGAUGUUUUGGGCCGAACAUUCCCGUAGACUUCCUUCUUCCCCCAGGCCAGCCCCGCUGGGGUCAUCCACAAGCAGUUAGGCACCCACCCUCUGGAUGACACCCAGGGAAGUACAGGGAGUGACCCUGCAGAAGGGAAUGUGGCUUUACUGUUCGGGCAAUGGAAAACGGACAAUAGCCCACCUCGGCGGCACAAAACAGGCCGUAUUUUUGCCCAGCCUUUUGCAAGUAAUUGGGGAUAAGGAGCUGUCAGGAGUUUCUAACUUUUAAAAAGUUAGUUGUUUUAAGCCAUCAACGCCCAGAAAGCAGAAGUUUAAACUAUUUUGGAGGAAUACUUUUCAUGGUACAAAAGCAGUUCUAUGUGCUUUUUGAAUAAGAUGCAACUGAAAAGGAAUAUAAAAAUGCUAACUAGUUUUGAUAGAGGAAAGCCAAAUGAAAAAAAAAAUCACUGUAGGGGAAAAACCCUAUGCCGAGAUUUCCAAAGAAAUGUAAUUUCUUUUACAAGGGUAUUCCAUAGAGUCUUCACGUUGAAACAGCAUAUCAAAGUAGGUUGAUUAUACCUUCUAGCCUCGUUCUAUUUUCUAAAAAUUGCCUUUUUAAGAUGAAAUUAAUAGGAUACCACAGAAAUGAGCAUUCAUAUUUUUAAUGUUUUUGGAGGUGAGUUCUGUUAUCCUCAGCCUCCUCUGAAUACUGUAAAAGAAAUCAGUUUUAAACAUCAGCUUGACCUGACCCCAUUUGUUCCACCCCCUUUAUGUCACUACAGAUAAUUAACUGGUUGGGGUUUUUGUUGGGGUUGUUUGGGUUUUGUUUUGUUUUGUUUUCCUUUUCUGGAGGGGCUGGGGGGCAGUGUGGAGUAGAAAAUUCCACGGGCUGCAUGUGGAGGUUUCUUUUCAUUCAUAUUCAUUUCUCUAGGAUCUGUGCUUUCCCCUUCCCAGAGGGUUUUCUGAUCCAUCCAGAACAUUCCCCCCUCCCUUCCCCACCCCACCCCCAGAAUGAAAUCUUUAAAGGGCUUAAUGUCGUCAGAAUGUAAUUGCUGGAGAAGUCACUGGUCACUUACACGAGGGGGGUUUAGCUGUGUCUCUCAGAGGGACGAUCUCCCUGCUGCUGUCAGUCAGAGACCCCGCCGUGUAUCCUGCAUUCUCCCCUCCACACCCCUCCUUUUUCCUACUCUUGUGUCAUAAACUACCAUUUCAGGGAACCUGAAGCCAACAAAUGGUUGAGCCACAAGCUCAGGUCCUAGCCUAAUAAAGCACCUGCUCCAGGCCCAAGCUUGUGUGGAAAAGAACAACAAAGAGCUUUCAUCCGAGGCUUUAGAGAUAAAUGAUGCACCAUGUUAAUUUUCUUGACAGGGGUGGAGUCGUUUUCAUCGAUUAUGCAGUCACCAAACGUUUUUAGGACAAAAUAGGCCAGCUCAUAAAAGUGUGUGGACAUGUGGAAGGGGCUGUUUUCUCACGUUAUUUGGGAAAACCAAUAGAAUGACGAGAUGACCUCUACGGUCCCUUCCAGCUCUAAAUGGAUGAUUUUAUGACCUCCCAGGAGCAAGCAGUGGGUGGGGAGGAGGCCGCCCAUCCAGACCUCUCUUGUCCCUUUGUGGAAUCCAAGCACCCUCCAUGUUUGGGGUAACAAGGACAUUUUUGGUUCGGGUAGAUUUCCGUUUCCAAGCCAAGAAGGGAGUGUGAUGGCAAUAAACAAAGUCAAUUUUAAGUGAUAGAAUUUGUCUAAGAUUAUGUGACUCCAGAAGAGGAAGUGAAAAGGCUGCAUGAUAGCAAGUCAGAGCUGAUUCCGAAUAAUGUAGAUAUUUAGACUAGCAAGUGUUGAUCAUUUGGAUUUCUUUUAGAUUGGGGUUUUUAAUUCCAUUUUCAUUAUGUCUCCUGGUAGUACCUACAUAAAGCAACCGGAUUAGGAAAUUAGCCAUUUUGAAACUUGCCUGCCACAAACCAACCCGCUCACAUAGUGCUCUGGCAUUGUAGACUGGUGGGUUGUUUUCAUUCUUGGAACUUUUAUUUUCUCCUACAAUUAUUUUAGUACUUAUAAAUAAUUAAGGUAAUUUAAAACAGUAGCACAAGUACUUUUUGGAUUAAAUUAACUUGCAAAACCAAAUUUGCAGUGGUUGGGUUGUUUCUAGACAGAUUUUGGUAUUAAUUUAAAACCAAGACAAUUUUUAUAUUCUUUCCAUAGAAUUUCAUGACAACUCCUGCAGUUUUCUUAACCUAUUUAAAAAAAAAAUUGCUGCAAUGAUGAACAAAGAAUUAUACAAAACCUACUUUUGUAUCUUUAUUUUGGAAUUUCUUGUUCUAUUAUAAAUAUUGAAGUAUCCCUAUUUCAGAAAACAUAUUUUGUUAAAAUUGAUUGUACAUAUUUAAAUAUGUAUUUUUGCACAGGUCUUUUUUUCUUAUAUCCAGUUUUGGUACAAUUGAGAUCAUCUAGUAUUUAUUUAUUAAUUAAUAAAAAAGUAAAUACCUUUUUAUAAUUUGAAGUGGUUCACUGCCAAGCCAAUAGUCCUAGAAGUUGCCUACUUUACAAUUUAAGGGAUGCCUCUGUUUCGUGAAAGUCUAUGUCCCUUUUAAUGUCUUGGGAGUGGAUUCAUAGAGAUUAAAUGGGCAUUGCUUCUAUUAAAUUGCCUAAUUCCCCAGAAGACUACAUUUAGUUAAGUGACACACUGCUUCUCCUUUGUUCAUGUUUUGUGGAUGUGUGUCAGUGCGGAUGUCUGUGUCCUCUUGAGUGUGUGUGUGUGUGUCUGUGUGUGCAAGCACAUGUAUGUGUGCGCUUGCAUGUGCAAGCCACUAAGUAUGUUGUGGUUUAAAACUAAUGGAAAAAAAAAAAAACCUGAAAAGUGCCUGAUAACUAGUUUCAAGCUUGGACUGUGUAGACAGAUUCUCCUUUAAAAGACUUGAAUGUUAAGUUGAAUAUAUUUUUAUUUUAUUAUUAUUAAUUUUUUUUUUUGGAGCUUGCUUUUUCCACCUAACAUCAUUUCCAAAACUUUAGGGGAGGAGUUAAAAAAUUUUUAGCCAAGCUGGUCAUUGGAUAAAGUAUUUUAAAAUAAGACAUUUUGGUUUGAAACAAUCCCGGUGGGUGAUAUAAACUGUCCCACGACGCCAAGAGUUGGAAUCUUUUUUCAGCCAGCAGUUUUUACAAGACGCGUCUCGUUUUGUUAAUUUACUCAUAAAAUGCAGAGUUUAAAAGAGAAUAUGUAAAAUAUUUUGUACUCCAAAAAUCUAACAAAAAGAAGUACCUCUGAGAACAUUGAAGGACAAAAAAGCAUGAUCUGCGAAAUGUAACUGAAGGCCACUGUCUUCCUCUAAGAGUUCUCUUGCCAAGGGGCGUCCCUGCUGUCUCUCCUUCUGCCCCCUGGAAAGAGUUGGGCUACAAAUGAUUGUUAAAGGAUUUGCUGUUUAGCAGAGAAUAAUCAUUUUUACUUUUCUGUGCAAAACACGUUACAUUUUCAGAUCAUUUAAAAUGAGCACUACGCGAUGUCGAUGUGAAUGUAGGGCCUAGAAAGCAUCUUGCUCUGUUUUGAGCCUGGUUCUAAAAGCAAUCUCCGGUGUCAAGUGUGUGACUAGUGUGAUAAUUUGUACACAAGAUGAAGAGCAUCUCAGCUGGACUUUGGGUUGGCUGCUGUAUAGUACAUGAACAAAUGUCAUGGGAUAGAAAAUUACUUUGGAUAUUUAAAAGAAAAGAAAGAUAUAGUCUAUUUGUUUUGUAACAAGUUUCUGUAAAUAAAAUAAUUUAUACUAUUUAUAAGAAAAAGUUGUGCUUUGCUUUAUGAAAAAUUAGUUUGUGGAACAAACCUGUUACUAAACCAGGCAAUAAAAUGAGGACUUCUCAAUAAACA